UACGCAUCUGUAUAAUCAAUUUGCUCCGUCAAGCACGUGUCAUUAUUUUGACGUUCAUUAAUUCGCAAUUUUCAUUGUUCUUCGCGUAAAUAUUUUAUAUUCACCAAAAUGUCCGUAAUCUUGAUGACGAAUCACGACGAGAACAUCUACAAUAUUACGAAAACACAGGAUUUGAAGAAAAUGAUGGCUCCAGCCUAUAAGUCCAAGUUCAGGGAUAAACACAGGCAGAUAAAGCAGUACAAACAGUGCGUAAAGCUACACGAUACCAUGGGUGUUUCCGAGGAGGAGCCCCCAGAUCCUACAAACUAUCUAAAGAAACAUACAGGAAAACCAUCGUACACCAUCUGUCAGCCAAUAAAAGAGCCAAAAUUAUGUCGCUUCCGUCUAAAGGAUCCCCUUCCAGAUCUCAAAAAUCUCGAAGGACCCACAGACCAUCCCCCGAAAAACUUCGUCGUCGAAAACAUAAAAGCCGCCAAAAGCAUGAAAGCCAAGGACCCUGAUCCCAGAACGGUGAUUGACAAUCGCGGUAGGAGCAUUGAAAUGCACAAAGCGGGAUUGGAACCAGUCUACAUCAAGGCGAAAAAGUUUGGCAGGACGCCAAAGUAUUUGGAGAGGUUCAUGGCUAUUAGGGAGGCAGAGUAUCAGAAGAAGAAGGAUUCUACUGGAGUACAACAGCCGUUGUGUCGGUACAUCACCAGGGAUCAAAGGGAAAAGCUUCUCAACGGUUUGAAGCAAAACUGGGAAGAGCUUCAGAAAAUCUAUCAAGGUCUACCGAUCUUAACAGAUACAAUACCAAAGAAGUUUCGCAAGUCAAAACUUGAAGCUGAGCUAAAGCAGCUCGAAAAAGAUAUCGUGUUUAUUGAGAGGCAUCCGUAUAUCUACGUUUAUAAAGAUAAUGAAUUCAAUCUAUAAUAAGCUGUUAAAUGUAGGACGUUAAUAAAAUAUACAUAUUUACGCUGUAAUAAUGCACAAUUUGUUGUCAAAAUAAGUAUACGCCGGUAAAAUAAAAAUAAUAUGCCAUAAGAUAUUUCACAAAGUUCUGCAAAAAAAUUGAUUGACUGUGUUUUUGAAUAAACCGAAUGGUGUUGCAAUCAGAGACAAAGCUGCACAAGUAAUUCUCAGAGCAAAUCCUCAUUUGAAAUGUGGCAACGUUGGAUCAUCAAGACGGUUUCUUUGGCUUUGACAGCUGUUACGUAGUUGCUAUGGAGACCAAAAACAAACUUGAAUAAUGCUUCCGAUAACAUGAAAUUGCAGAUCUAAAACCUACGACAUACAAAAUUAACAAAGUGCUUAAAUAUCAGUAGAGUAAUUUUAUUUUUUUAAAGAUCAUCGAAUUAUAAUGAUCAAGAAAUGAACCCUAAUCUAAAAGAAAAAGACGAUUGUAACGUAAGAGAUUCCACAAAUAUUCCUUCUCAUGGUUCUAUUCCGAAGUGGUUAGAAGAUAUUACAGAAACGAUAGCUAAUGAAUACUCUACAGAAAAAGCAGCAGAUAGUCAUCGAGAUGAGUUAUCGAAACUUACGGAUGGACUUUCGAUUUUGAAAGGCGAUGAUGAUGCUUCAAGGAACAAAAGUCAUUCGGCUAGAUACGGACGUAGAGCCUCUCUUGCUUCUGAACUCGUUUCCACAGGCAACAACAAAAAUGUGAAAGUCUCCGCCGACUACAUUCUACCGAAAUUUGAAAACUUCAGUUUUGCCUCAGGAGAGCUCAGGCAGUCGGAUUUAGAGCGGUCAUGGAAGAGUCUAAACGAGUUCAAUCAGUCCCACCGAGGCAGGUUGAAUUCUGGCUCCAAAAAUAAUUUAUAUCAAGAAAAUCUUGAUUCUGGUACAAAUUCUUUGUCAAUACUAGAUGACCAUUAUAGUCCAUAUAGCAGCUCAAUGACUUUGGAUCAAGUUCCACCUAGAUGCACGAGUCAAUUGACGGAUUAUCUACCCAUGUACGUUUACGAAAAUAUUAAGAAAGCUACGGAAAAAGAAUAUGAAUCAAAUGAUAAUAGAGUAUUUAAAUCUCAUUCGUCCGAAAAUAUUUAUACUCCAGGAGAGUUUGAUAUAAAUUUUGAAAAGAAAAUGUACGACUAUAAGAAAAAAGUCGAAGAGGAGGAAAAUUUACGUGAUAAUAUAAUACAGGAGCUACUUUUUGAUAACGAAGUGGUCACUAGGCGAAAAAGUUGUGAUUUUGCUCAAAGCAAUAAAAUACUUUCAAGGCAUAAAAACAAGCCUUUGUUUGACGAUCAUACUGCGGAUAUGGCUAAUUCCCCCGACGAAUAUGCUCAAAAGUUAUAUAGAAGAAACUCAAAGUACAAAAAUAAAAAUUCCAUACUAUCGGAAAUCACUUCGAAUGAAGACUAUGAUGAUCCCUUCGGUUCCGAUUCUGAAAUUUUCAUCAUUCCAAAACUACCACAAGGAAAAGCACUGUUAAUAGAUAUACUAAGUACGUGGGGUGAUAAAUAUUAUGUUGGUUUGAAUGGGAUUGAUAUAUUUGACAGCGAUGGACAAAUAGUGAAAGUUAAAAACAUAUCUGCUAUACCGCCAGACAUAAACGUCCUACCAGAGUAUAACAAUGACCCAAGAGUAGUCAAAAACUUACUGGAUGGGGUCAAUCGAACUCAAGAUGACAUGCAUAUCUGGUUGGCCCCAUUUGAGGCUGGUUGUAGUCAUAUAAUUACCAUAGAGCUUGCUAAAGUAACCACUAUUGCAAUGAUUAGGAUAUGGAAUUACAACAAGUCGCGGAUUCAUUCGUACCGAGGAGUGAGAGAUAUGGUGAUGUUCCUGGACAAUAGACCGAUAUUCAAAGGAGAAAUCGCCAAAGCUUGUGGUGGCAUAUUAGGAGGAGUUCACCAUUUUGGAGACACGAUUCUGUUCACAACAGAUGAAUUCAUCCUAGAGAGGAUCUCGAAGAACGAUACCUCCUUUAGUUGCCUAACUUCAGAACCAAGCUCCCCCAUAGAAAGCAACGAUCGGCCUCCAACAUCUCUCAUGAAGUCUGAGGUCAGACCAACAACAGGAAUACCAUCAGUAGGUCAAAGGAGCGGGUUGAAUACUGUUGAAGGCAAUCCAGAACAAAUUUUGUUUGGAGCUACUCAAAUGGAUCUUGUACUUUUGACUAACUGGGGUUUCGAUGGGUUGAUAGGUUUAACGGGAUUUGAUGUAAUAGAAGGAACUGAUUCAAUUUUGAAGCUGUCAUCAGUUCAAAUAAGUUGUAACGCUGAAAAUCAGUAUUUAGAAAGUCUAAUUGAUGAAGAAAGUGUUACUACGAACCCAAAAAAGAUGUGGUUGACGCAAUUUUAUAAUGACGAUCCCGUUAUUAUUUCCGUCAAUUUCGGAUCUUUAAAAUACAUCUCGGUAUGACAAGUUGGUUGUCACGGGCAUGUGAUUUGUGUUAAUCCAUGUUGAUUUGCGAUAUAAAACAUAUUAGUGCCUGAAGAUUCAACUACAACGUCGACAGUCUGUAUUAGACGUAUUUUCAGAAACUGAGUGAAAACAACGAUUUUCUGUCGUCCAGUUCAUAUAUGUAUGCAAGAGCGAGUAGCAACUGCAUUAUGGUACCAGUAGUUAAUCUGUUUACUCAUAUAGUAAACGUGAACGUGACGUAACCUGCAAAAACCCUGAAAGAAAUAGACGUCAACGUCAGGUAUACGGAUAUGGAACUACAACGAAAAUCUCCAAUUAUCCUACGCAGGUAUUCAGACCAUGAACAUACUUCUAGACGGAAAAACUGUCAUCAAUCCCAUUAACAAGUCGGAGCUGUACGUUUUGAGACGGGCACCUGGCAAUGAACACUACGAUUUUGUACAGGAGAUUAGCUUUUCCUUAUCGCAUGGGAGAAACCCGCCCAUGCAUUCCGAAAUUGAGAGUUCCCAUAGUAUCGUAGGAUUCGUCAUUCAGAUUGUCGUUUAUUCCACAUGGGGUGAUAAAUAUUAUUGUGGGCUGAAUGGGAUUCAAUUAUUUGAUGAGAACGAUCGACAGAUUAUUUUGGAAGAACAGAAUGUUUGUGCAUAUCCUGAAAGUGCCAAUAUUCUUCCAAAUGUAGAAGGCGAUGUAAGAACACCAGAUAAGCUGAUAGACGGCAUAAAUGAAGAUCAUUCUGGAAUGCAUUCUUGGCUGGCUCCAAUCAUUCCAAGGCAUCUCAAUAGAAUAUAUUUUGUGAUGGAUUCACCUGUGUGUGUAUCAUACAUAAAAUUCUGUAAUUAUUCCAAGACUAUAGCCAGAGGUGCCAAAGAUUUUGGGGUUCUAAUAGACGAUUUGCUGAUAUGCACAGGCUCCUUGCGAAAAUACAAUGAAAAUGAACCAGAACAAAUCGUAAAUUUGAUGGACGCAGAUCAGCCAUCUUUUGACGAAAAUAUGAUUAACCCUGUUGUGGUGCUGUUGGAUGAAACAAGGAAAGAUGCGGAAAAUCUCUUAUCUGUGGACCCAGCAUUACGCCCAUUUACCUGCAUUAGCCCAUAUAACAGAAAGUUCACCUCACAGAGUAAUUAAGUGAUAAAUAAUUAUUGCAUGGCCAAACUAUUUUUAUAAUAUAUAGGUAUUUAGUUAUUUUGUUAGAUUUUGUCAUUAACUAUACUAGAUAUAUUUGUUCUAGUAAGAUGUAACAACUUGUAGGAGAAAUCCGUCCAUUCCUCUCCGUCUUGUUUAAAGGAAACCGAAAAAACCUGCACCUUUUUUCACUGAAGUGCUUACAGUUAGGCACAAAGCACAUUCCCAUUAUGAUGAAUCAGCUGUGGACACCUUAAAAUACAUAUAAUUAAAACCAGGA